GGCUCCGGCUGCGGCCGUCUGAGAGUCGCGCGCGGGGCGUGAGGCGGUGCUGCGAGGCCGAGGUCGCUGCGAGCUCGACGCCGGGACUCUUGAAGGAAGCGCAGCGCCGCGGGAGCCGGCAGCCAGAGCAGCCUCGGAGCAGCAGCAGCCGCCGUCCGAGCCCACCAAGCCGGCCAUGGCGUUGUCGAUGCCACUGAACGGGCUGAAGGAGGAGGACAAAGAGCCCAUCAUCGAGCUCUUCGUCAAGGCUGGCAGUGACGGUGAAAGCAUAGGAAACUGCCCGUUUUCCCAGAGGCUCUUCAUGAUUCUUUGGCUGAAAGGCGUUGUAUUUAGUGUCACUACUGUUGACCUGAAAAGGAAGCCUGCAGACCUGCAGAACUUGGCUCCCGGGACCCACCCACCAUUUAUAACUUUCAACAAUGAAGUCAAAACGGAUGUAAAUAAGAUUGAGGAAUUUCUUGAAGAAGUCUUAUGCCCUCCCAAGUACUUAAAGCUUUCACCAAAACACCCAGAAUCAAAUACUGCUGGAAUGGACAUCUUUGCCAAAUUCUCUGCAUAUAUCAAGAAUUCAAGGCCAGAGGCUAAUGAAGCACUGGAGAGGGGUCUCUUGAAAACACUUCAGAAACUGGACGAAUAUCUGAAUUCUCCCCUCCCUGAUGAAAUUGACGAGAAUAGUAUGGAGGAUAUUAAAUUUUCCACACGUAAAUUUCUGGAUGGCAAUGAAAUGACAUUAGCUGAUUGCAACCUGCUGCCCAAACUGCACAUUGUCAAGGUGGUGGCCAAAAAGUAUCGCAAUUUUGAUAUCCCGAAAGGAAUGACUGGCAUCUGGAGAUACUUAACUAAUGCUUAUAGCAGGGAUGAGUUCACCAAUACCUGUCCCAGUGACAAGGAGGUUGAAAUAGCAUAUAGUGAUGUAGCCAAAAGACUCACCAAGUAAAUGGCACUUAUGAGAGAGAUGUCUUCACAUCUUCCCCUAACAGAAUAUGCUUUUUUUUAACAGACUGCUCCUCUUCCUAUAAAGUAGAAAUUUUAUUUUGCAUGAAUAUGCAGUUAUUCAAGAUUAGGAUAAAGGAUAGACAAGGUAUAGUAGCUAUCUUAAAAUAUACACUCCCAAGCAGUAUUAUUUUAAAAUUCCCUUACUCUGCCUACCUCCCCUCCCGGUAUCCCCCUCUCCUCUAAUUUGGAGACAUUCCAUUAUAAAGUUUUCAAUGUAGAGGCAGUUUGCCACCUCUCUGAGCCCUCACCAUACACUGUGGAUAGAUGGCAGAACUCUCGAGGUGCGGUGUUUAACUGUUAAAGUGGUAGCCAUGACUUCAUCAGUCUGCCCCCAAAAUGGUGCAUAACGCAUGGUACAAGGAGUAUUUAUGUAUUUUUGGAAUUUUAUAAUAGUUAGUAAAAGUAUAUGAAAGGAUUGCUACUGUAUCAGAAAUAUUCUGUUUCAAUUUAGUCUAUCCUGGAUAUGUGCUAAAGGAUAUUACCACCGAUGAAGAGAUCCUUUUAUGAAUAGUCACUACAGAUUUUGCUAGUUUGCUUUGUAGAUGAAUUUUUAUUUUUAUCUAAUAGCAUUUAUCAUUUAUACCAGUUGUAACAUCUGAUCCUAUGUAGAAGCUGAAAGUUUAGAGGGAGGGGAAGGUAGUCUUAAGAUCUUCCUCAAGCAUUUAAUCCUUAUGAGAGAAACCGAUGAACACCUGAUAAUCUAUCUAAAUCUGUUAUUUGUUACAUGCAAUUUGCCCAGUGCCAUUCAUUUGGAAUAUUAUUGCUUUCUUCAAGUUUGUUUUUAUUUUUAAAAGCUCCUUUUUUUGGGUAAACAUAGGUCUAUACCUUUGUAGAUCUUUUGAGCAACACUACAUAGACUAAUAUUUAGUUGAUUUAGCUGUAGCAGCACAAUGAUUAGUGAUGUAAACUAACACUUAUACAGAAAUUAACCUAAGGAAUGUGGGGUGGGUUUGUCAAAAUAUUAAGUAAAAUAUUGUUUCUAAAGCACAUUUAAUGUAGAUAAUUUUUGUAAAGAAUGGAUUAUUCAUCCUAUAUUAAAAGCAAGAUAAAAUACACAGAUUAUCAAUGCCCACCUUCACCCCCCCAAAUUUAUUGUUAGACUUUGGGUACAGGAUCAUUCACUCCUUUUGGACUGAAAUAUUGUGUUGUGGUGAGUGUGUAUUUACUUCAGUUUUGCCUAAUCUCAAUCAGUGUACUUCACUGAAUUAAGUUUUUUCUAUAGCCAUGUUGAGAAAUAGCACUCUGCAUGAAUUUUGUUUUUUGUUUUUUAUAUUGAAGUCCUAUACCAGGAAUUAUUUGUCUCUAACAGGGAAGGAGGAACUUAGUGAAAAUAAAACAAAAGUUUGCUAUUUAUUUA